AUGGGAGGCUCUGGAACGAGUGGAUCUACCUAUUCAGCUAGGACGAAUGCUUCUGCUAAGAAACGAGGAUGGCGGAAGGUCGUCUACAAUCUGAAGCUCGCGUUCUUUGAUUCACUGAUCUCUAUGAUGAAGAGUGGAGGAGAGGAACGAUAUCCUUUUAUUCCACUUGCUAGCUUGGUUAUCGAGUGUAUACAAACCGCCUCUUUUGCAUUCACAAACAUUAGCUGGGGAAUGGCAGGGAACGCAACUGGUAUCGUAUUGACAUUGACCCAAAUAGAACACCAAGUGGUUGGAAUGACGAAUUACGAAAUCCUAUUGGGAUUGGUUGCUGUUUCGCUUGCGCUGAUUGUGGUGAUGGGAUCACUCGCUGCAUAUGUGAUCUGGGCAUUUUAUGCUAAAGAAUUCAAAGCUGGAGUCUGGCCUCUACGAGUUUUGAGAGUCACAGUAGAACUGCUUCAAAGUGUUGCGUAUUUACCAGUCUUGACCACGUUGUUGGCUACGACAAAGUGUCCCGAUACGACGGAUCUAGUCAGUAAAUAUGGUUGCUACACGAACUGGCAUCUUAUGGUCAUGAUUAUCUCGUUGGUAGCGGCUGUCAUCUUCAUCCCGUUUAGCUUUUUAAUGUCUCUAGCGUCUUUUGAGCCUAAUCCGAAGAGCUCAGUGGUAGCAAAAGCCACUCCAACGGCCCAUCUCUUUGACAACUUUAUAAAGACUAUGCUGGUCAUUGUUUUCAGCACCCCCGCUCCUGAAUCAGCCCUCGCUUGGAUUUAUCUAGCCGCAACUGUUGUCAGCGGUGUCGCAUCGUUUUUAUUCUUGCCAUACUAUCGAGAAAGUACUAAUCGCCUGAGAUGUAUUGCCGCCUUUAUGCUCGUGUAUUCUGGAAUCUUGACGGUGGCCGUGACAUACAGUAGUACCGAUAUGAAGAAUGCCGUAUUUUGGAUAUUGGUAGCUGGAACGCCCGUCUCUGGUGUGGCCGGAUUCUUUUUGUUCAGAUGGCGAUGGUCGACGAUCUGCCCAAAGAAGCUCCGCGAAUCGAUGAAAAAGGCGCAAGCUGAUCCCGAGGGUUGCUGGGAGAAGGCACUCUUCAAGAUGGAGAAGAUUCACAUGUAUCGAGACAUCAUCGUCCGAGUGAACUUCGUGUGGUUUACAAAUGAUCCCGAGCUUAUUCUCUUGGCCGAAAAGCUAUAUCAGGCUGCUCUGGAGAAUCUUGGAGGCUGUCCAAUUGUAUCACUCUCGUACGGGAUGUUUCUCAAGCUUGUUAAGAAUGAUUUGACGCUUUCGUCGUUCUAUUUCAAGAAAGCUGAGAACCAGAAUCCCCCACUGCACGUGCAGUUCGCUGUAUAUCAGGCUGAAAUGGAUCGCCGGGAACGCAUUGCAACUCGAGAAGGUGGAAGUCUGAAAAUGGAUGCCGUCGAUCGAGUUGAAUAUAGGCAUCUAUUUCAGCGGGCAAACCAGUACCACAGAGAAGUUGCACGACAAGCAAGUCUCUUCUGGGCUGCUUUAGCUUCUUCGAAGGCCAACCCUGCAAUCCUAAAUCAAAUCGCCAAUACCAUGGAACGCAAUGAAAAGGCUGCUGUCAAAAUGUAUACUGCUCUUAUGGGUCGAUUUGCUGGAAUUCCCGCCGUUCUGGUAGCACAUAUUCACUUCUUGAACCUGACUGCUCGGUUGGAAGAGGCUAGUGAAUUGCAAGAAGAGUUGGACGAACUUUUGGAAACACUGGAGGAAGAAAGUGCCAACCAAAACCACUCAAGCAAGGACUCCAACAUUCUGGCCUCGGCACCCAUGCUCGAAGAGUAUUCUCACAGAAGACCAGCACCCAUGCUCGAAGACCCUGCCUACAGGAGAGAAUCGUCAAUGAACACGACUUCACGUUUGUCGAAAUCAACCCGUGAUGCCGGAUUGGACGGCAUGAAGAUAUUGCCACUGCCAACGCCUAUAUCCAGAUCACGAGGAGAGAAACGGGCUCAUGCCAUAUAUAGACGUAUGGUCAAAGCUCAUCAAACCAGCCAAUCGUCGUUCCUGUCAAAAGUGGUGCUACUUGUUAUGUUUUUGGUUCUGGCCAUUGAUUUGGCCUUUGUCAUCGUACAGGAGACAUUGGUCGGCAAUCUUGCACAAGCUUUGACCAGUCUUUACGACCAAGGCCAAUUAGCGACCAUGUGGACUAGUGUUGGUGCUGGUGUUCGGGCACUUCAAUACAUUACAUCUCCUGUGGCAUUCAGCAUCGCUCAAUCCUUCUUGUCGGCUAGAUGCAACGUAGCUUUUAACCUCUUGUACGGUAUGUACGAUGGACUGAUAGCCUUGGUAGACAGCACACCAAACACAAACUACAAUUUCCUGACUGAUCCCAUCAUCCCAACCUUGGUCUAUCAUCCGAAUGCGACAUCCGCUUGGCAAGUAGCGAAUGUGUCUCUAGUGAAUCACGUGAUGGAGCUCGAUACUGCCUGUCAGAAUAUUGUCAACUGGAAUCAAAGUGUAUUUACGUCGGGUUCCUUCUUGGUUGAGAGAGAUUUCAGAUACGCAGUAGGAAACUCUGGUUUCCUGGGCAACUACAUGAUUUCUGUUUUGAAUUCAAUUGAAGCGCUGGGUGAAGUCGCCGUCGAGAGGCAGAUCGUCAUAUGCUGGUCUCUAUGCGCUUUCGCUUUCAUAAUGAUUGUUGCUUGUGGUAUCUUUCUCUUUCGGCCUGCUGUUGCAGAAGCAAAACGCAGUCGACAAUUGGCUAUUGAAGCCUUCUUGCAAAUUCCAAAGGAUGUUGUUGUCAAGACGUACACAAAGUACAAGUUUGAAGGCAGUCAAGAGUCACGAAUAGUCGAUGCUGACGGUGAUAGUGAGGAUGAAGAUACUGGAGACAGCCCAUCUAGUCAGUCACUAGGACGGUCGAGAAAUGUGUUUAAAAAGAUCACAUUUUGGUACAUUUUGGCUCUGGCAUAUCUGUGUGCUAUCUUGGUCAUACACAUGGCUGUCGGACUCUACUAUCUGGAGCAACUGAUUGUUGUGAACAAACGUGUUGCUCUCUCGGCCUCGGUACCCACAUUUUUAUUCAUGGCCAACCAUGCUAUCAGUGAACGAGCAGCUAACGAUAGUUACUCGUACUAUACCGAUGCUCAAUUGAAAAAAUUGGGACUUUCGGGCUUGGAGAUUUCGAAUAUGCUCCUUGAAGCUGUUUUAAACGGCAAUGCUUCUUUGGGAAUGGGAGAAUCGCCGGUUCCCUUUCCAUACCUCUUUUAUAUGAGCGGCCCGUUCCUGAACCAGACCAAUUUCCUGCAACUGGAACGAGAAGUUUUUGCGAACAUGGACCAACUUCUCGUUCAAACUGUAGUCACUCCUACAGAUCCGAUAUUCCUCACCUUGCAAAACCAGCUUGAUUAUGCUGUUCAGCCAUUCGGACUGUAUUUGAAUGAGACCAAAGACUAUUACAUGCAGACUUAUGACACGUUGAAUCUAUUCGUCCUGAAAGCAUUCUUUCCCAUUUUCCUGUUCUUCGUGUUUAUGGUCUAUAUUCGUGACGUUCGAGGCAUCAUGGGAGCUGUCAUUAGUGAAAAUGAGCGUACCUUGCGGAUCCUAUUGAUGUUACCUGUCGAGGUGGUCUCCCAAAUCGAGUCAAUAAGAACUUUACUACAUAUGGACACCGAUUACGAAGUCCCACAACUGGCUGCUCACUCUGGUUCUGGCUCAGUGUCGUCAACGAGCAUGAACCCACCACCACUGUCAGCAGGAGCUCCUAUCCGAAGACGAGACAGCAUACGAUCAGAUAUGAAUGACGUUGCCAACGGAAAUGUUAAUUCCCACCAUUUGGUGAAGAAGGCCUUGUCCGAGACCGAUGAAAGCAAAUUAUCAUCAACAUCAAUCAAAGCAGCCCCACAACUGUCCACCAGAGAUGACUCUCCAACCAACACGCUACCCCGACAAAGUGAAUCUCCUAAGAUGUCGUCUGCUUUUACUUGGGCUAAGUCGAAAAGGCCCAGGACGAUAGAUACGGUCGCAACUAGUCACCGCUUGAGUUUCAAUGGUGGUCGGGCAAUAGGAUCAGUGUCUAUGAGACCUGAAAUGGAAGUAGUCGAGAGCCUUGUGUCUGCUAAAUCGGAUCAGGUUGAUAGUCCAACAAGUGGUUGGAGCAACCCUUCGUUUGAUGAGUAUCGAGCGAUCUUGUAA